AUGGCGCAUGGUAUUGAAGGGAAGUUGCACCUCCGGAAAACGAGAUUCAGGUCAGCGACACCCCACGUGAACCAGUCCUUCGACUCUUCCAUCAAAGCCCGACCAUCUUCACCCGGUGAGAAUGACACGUCAAACUUUGAGACCAAUUCCACGAGCGCUAGUCUUAGCUCCAUGAGAGCAAGUUGCUUCCCGAUACAUGCGUAG